AUGAGUCAAGAUAAAGUCGCCAUUGAUAUUGGUCAAAAAAGAUCUUAUGAUAAUGUUGAUGUUAACAUAGACACGAAUCCUAGGACUAUAAGUGGUACCUAUAUCUAUGGAUAUCACAAGCGAAUACAUAAACCAAAAGAUGGGUAUGCAAUAGGGGAACUUAAAAAUAAAGGGAAGGAACAAAUUAUAAAUGCUACCUUAUCUGACUAUAAGAGCAUUUCUCUUUUCUACUGGCCAAGUACGGAGAACCAGAUUUUUAUCCUUCAACUAGGAGAUGGAGACGAUUACUAUUAUACUAAUGAUAGCACUAAGUGGACCAAGAAUCAAAGCGUAAAUUCUCGUAACUUACUUAACGAGCUUGACGAAUAUAAUUGCCUAUGGAAUGGUAUUCAUGUAGCGGAUAUUAGCCAAAAUUUUUCUGAUAUAAGGCGUGCUUACGAUUGUCCUUCUUGUAGCAAAUAUACCCCUAGGAAUAUAGGACUCAUACUAUAUGAUACUUACAAAUCUUCACACCAGUAUGUUAGGUAUAAUCAUAACGUUGGUGGUAAAGUUGGCAAUGUUAGGAACGGUGAAUAUACUAUACUCUCAGUGCCAGAGGGUAUCAAUAGUCUAUAUGUCUACUGGUCCACAGGUGGAAAGGAAACACCGCUUAUCCUAUCAUAUCUAGCUCAAAGGAAACAUAUAUGGUACAGUAGAUAUGACGGAGAUAGUAGAUGGAGAUUAGAAAGUACUCUUACUCAAGAUCCACCGAAAGAAACUCCUGAGAAGAUCCGAAGCCUCAUACAGCAAUAUUCUAUUCCAAGGAUCAUACUAAAUCUUCAACGGGAACAGGCAAAUUCCUACCAUCCCGAGGGUAAUAUCUUGCAAUUUAAAGUCGAAAAGAAAAGUAUUGAUGACUCCGGUUACCAUGAAUACAAACACUCAAGAGUAGAGAGAGGUACGUUCAAGGUCAAGGAAAUUUUUUAUGGAGAAAAGAAAUUAACUGGUAUGGAGCGCGAAGGUUCAACAGAUAGUGUAUCGGCAUAUUACUUUGGAGAGAAUCCCACUUAUGAUAAUCUGGUUCUCAUACAACUCGGUAACAAGUACUAUACUUUGAAGUCUGGUUAUAGUUGGAAUCAGAGAUACACGUCUGGAGGAUUAUUAGACACUAUUAAAAAGCAAACUUGUCUGAGAAAAGGUCAUAUCUUAGAUAUCUCCCAGAAAACAAAUCCUUACAAAUGUCUUGGUUGCGAGAAAAUUAUCCAAGUAGCAUCUUCAACCGGAAUCAACAAUUACGAACACACAAGACAUACACACUACAUUUCUAGCGGGAAUUUCUCAGUUUCCUACCUUGUUAAUAAUAAUACUCAGAAGAAUCUUCCAUCCGUAAAGAACGUUUCUAGAGUGCAUGUUUUCUGGUACCCAAAGGGCUCAAGUUCCAAACCACUUUUAGUGUUUUAUGAUUUUGAUAACAAUACAGAAGAUAAGUGGUUCAAGAAAUCAAGGGGGCAAAACAAUAAUUGGGAGACUCUGGAAGGACCUGACCAUAAACCUAGCUACGAAUCUGACUAUUGGAACAUUGAGAAUAUCCUCAAAAGAAUAUUCACAACUCCAGAAACUUCUAUUCCAUCUAUUGUUAUAAAUAUUAAGAAUAGUGACAAUAUUAAUGAACCUGGAGGAGCACCAGGUGAAUACUCUGACCCCGGAGGAAGUAGACAUAAGAUUCAAGUUACCGCUGAAGAGUUUAAGGUUGGGGAUGCAGGAGUACAAGGAGAAGAAAAGAUUGAGUAUAGGAAGUACACUCAUAAGGUUAAGGAAAAGACCCAUUUUAGACUUAAAUUUAUCAAACACGGUGGAAGUAGACUUGAUGACAUAAAAUCCGAGGAAGAAUUGAAGGAAAUCGCGGCAUAUUAUUGGGAUAGUGAUAGAGUAUUUGGUAAGCCUCUGGUUAUCAUGUUAACAAUUGAAAAAGUAUCUGCCAAAGAAUAUGAAUACUGGGAGAGAAGCAAGAGCACCGAUAAAACUUGGGCAAUAGUAUCUGGACAUGGUAAUGAUAAAAGCAAGAUAAUGGAUGCCACAACACUCAAGAAACUUCUAGAUGAGCUAAAGGCAGAGUACUUUCCACCAUCUAAUACUAAUGUCAUAAUAGGAGGAUCAGUUGGUGGAGUACUAGGAACAGGCGCUUUAGGAUUUGGUGGAUAUAAGCUAUGGCCAGUAUUAACAACACUAUUUUAA